UCUUACCACAAGGUUUCCAGAAGAUAUCCUAGGUAUGCCAGCAUCAUUCCACUUAUAGUUCACCAAGCCAACGUUAACCUCAGUUGCAGAAUGCCCUCCGUUCUAGCCCUCGGUCUUGGCCUUCUCGCCUUAGCCCCUGGCACUCUUGCCGCAGCUCCCCAAUGUGGUGUUCGCGUUGUUUCCAGCCAGGGCCUGACAAACUGGAAACAAGGACGAUGGGAUGGCUUCUGGGCUGCCCGUGACUGGCUAUGCAACAACACUCCCUGCAGCGAUGGAACUUACACGACGGCAGAUGGCUUGACCAGUGCUCAGACCAGAAUUGCGCCCAACAUUGGCUGCAGCCCGCAAAGCUGCUGGAACAACUUCGAAGCCAUUAUUGAUGACUGUAUGGACACUGCGCACGCACACAGCACGAAUGGUGGACAAGUCAGUGACUAUAACGGAAACGCUUGGUACUGGAUAUCGACCAACACUGUGCUUGAGAAUGGGAACUAG